AUGACAAACACAGCACCUCAGUUCCAGGUUACGAAUAAACCCUACAAAUGGCUCAGACGCGAAAUCGAAUCCUUAGAUCCCUACAAAGACUACGCCAAGAUCUGGAGACUAUCCAUUGAAUACACAAGCGGGGGCGACUUCAUACAGAAUCUUCUCUACGCAUAUACAUUCGCCAACUUCGUUGCCACAGAAUGGGUCUCCGAUGUGAUGUGGCGCAACGGCAGCGGAAGAGUGCUCACUCAAGCGACCGAUCGAGUCAGCGAGACGCAAUGCCAUUUCUCCACCUGGUGGUACUAUGGACCGCAUCACCCCGAAACAAUGAAGUCCAUUGACGCCAUCAACAAGCGCCACCGCGGCCAUGCGAAGAGCUACCCGGGUCACUUCUCACAUAAAGACGACUAUAUCUAUGUGCUUUGCUUCACGGCUAUCUCAGUAGACCGGGUACGAACAAAGCUGCGAUUGUCUGGGUUCACAGAGAAGCAGAAGAUAGCAGCCUAUCUGUUCUGGAAAGAGAUAUCUCGUUUGUUCUUGGUCGAGGUACCUGGACAGGAUUGGCGGCCUCUUUCGGAGUUCCCAGGCUUCCCAGAGGAUUGGGAUGGGAUGUAUAGGUUCUGUGAGGAUGUCGAGGAUCAUCAUAUAGUAGCCACCGAGAAGGGCCACAUGGUUGCGGAAGCGCUGUUCGAUCAAUUUGCCUUCCGGUAUUUUCCCUCUCUACUCCGGCCCCUGGGUCGUGCCUUGCCCAUUUGUCUUAGCCUUCCUCAGACACUAAAGGCACAUCGGGUCAAAGGGGUGAACCCGGUCUUGGCCUGUAUGGCGCUCUUCAUGGCUGGGACAUUCAUAUGGAUCAUGGAAAUACUCCUUCCUGAUCCAAAGGUUAGUUAUCAAGAAUCUCUGCGGAUGCGGUCAGAAGAUCAGAACAGGAAGGUCAAAGGGGAGAACCGAAAGGUGGAUGCGGCUUUCCCUGCGUGGUUUGCCCGGCAUCAUCAGGGACGUGCAGCAUCGUGUCCAUUCGCUUCGCCUGUGAAUCAGGGUAUGUAA